UAAUACACUAAUGAUAUAUCAACAGCUAAAUCCCGAUUAGAGAAUGGACGACAAGGUAGAGAAUAUCUCGUUAGAGGAUGAGAUUCCGGAAGCGCUGGUCAACUACGACAGCGAUAGCAGCAUGAUUACCGUGAUCGAGAGCGACAGCGCAGACGGCGAGAAGAGGGAGAAAGAGAAAAAGACGGAAAGUACAGGAGCGAUUCCGAAAAAGAAGCUGCCUGUCGUCACCGAGAACAUCGAGGUGACUAAAGCGUGGGUGGAAAACCUUCCGAUGCUGCCGAUCGGAAGCAGAAUGAUAUAUGAGAAGCAGGAGAAAUUAGUCACCAAAAUGGAAAAUUCCAUGAAGCUGAUGGACAAAAUCAUGUCGAAAGCCACCGAUAUGAUGGAAAACAUGGUGGAAGUUACCCGACUCAAUCUAGAGAGAGAAAGGGUAAAACUUAGAAGCUUAGAGUUAGAGGCAGAAAAGAAAAACGAGAAAGUAGAGAAGAUAGACAAACCAGAGAUCAGAGCACAGAGAGCAACUAUAGAGGAAACAAAAUGCUUCAGUUGCAACAAGCUGGGCCACAUGGCAAAGGAUUGCCCGCUAGCAGAACAUGGGGCAUGGUUCUGCUAUUAUUGCCAGGAAGUACGAGGUCAUAAAGGAGAUAGCUGCCCCAAUUCCGGAAAAGAGGCGAACAGAUUUAGAGGAAAAAGGUAGCAGAAAAAGGUAUGCAGAUAAAGUUGUUAAUAAAAAUAUAAAGAAAAAGGGUAAAUUUGAACCUAGAGGCACUAAAAGAGUUAACGACAAAGGGAAGAUAACUAAGCUGCAAAACUUCAAGAAAACUUCAACGAAAACAGCAACAGAAGUUAAAUCAAAAGAAGGUAAAAUAUGUGUGGUUAGAUUAAUAAAAGAUAGAAAUAGUGCAAAAGAGUUGGUUAAUUUUAUUGCAGACUCCGGCGCAACAGAUCAUAUUGUGAAUAAAAGUAUGAUUUUGUCAAAUUUUGAAAAAUGUAAUGAUAGAGUUAUUAAAUGCGCGAAUAAAAAUGAGCUUGCAGACAUUUCAAUAGAUGGUAAAGGAGAUCUUCUAUUAAUAUCGAAUACCAAAGAAAAUAAAGUCAUUAAAUUAACAAAUGUUAUGGCAACGAAAGAAGUAUCUGAAAAUCUAUUGUCUUUAAGAAAACUGGCUGAUGCAGGUUUCAGUAUUUAUUUAGAUGAUAAAUUGCUUAAAGUUUACAAUAAAUUAACAAAUAAAACAGUUUUCGAAGGAAAAUAUGAGAAGCCAAAUUGGAUUAUUCAAUUCGAAGUCAAAAACAAAUAUAUAGAGGACAAAGAUAAUGUUGAGUGUGCUGUGUAUAAAUGUAGAGCAGCAAUUGUUCCACAUUGUGAGUUUUCUGAACAAUCGCGAGCAAACAUUCAAAAUAAUGAGAUAUCAAUUUCGGAGGGAGAAUUAGAUGAGAGAAAUAAUGUUGACUCUGCGAUUGGGAGGGAGAAUGAAGGAGAGCUCAUAAAUGUGAACAACAGCAAUACUGAAUCUGAGCAAGCCAUUAAGUUAGAGGACAUACAAACAAUAGAAAAUAUAGAAGAAAUGUUUGAAAGCUCAGUAAC